AUGCAAAGGCAAGAGACACAAAUGGGCCAUAUACCGCACACUGUCUCCCAACCUAAGAUGCAGCCGUCGUCCAGCCGAAUACUGCUGGAUGUGCCGUGCAAAGUAUGCCGCGAUCACUCGUCCGGCAAACAUUACGGCAUUUACGCCUGCGAUGGCUGCGCGGGUUUCUUCAAGCGCUCGAUCCGACGAAAUCGCCAAUACGCCUGCAAGGCCAAAGCCGAGGGUGGCUGUAUGGUCGACAAGACCCACAGGAAUCAAUGUCGCGCCUGUCGACUGGCCAAGUGCAUUCAAUCCGGCAUGAACAGAGACGCUGUUCAACACGAACGUGGCCCACGCAACUCGACCUUGCGCAGGCAGAUGGCUCUUUACUACGGUGGCAAGGAGCCGGAGAUUAUGUCGACAAUGGUGCCACCACCAAACGCCGCGCUAGAUCUCGUAUUGCCAAAGCCAGCACCCGAGCCCCGCGUCACUGUCGCUGCACCGACGGCCCAUCAUGCCUUACCACAUCCCAUCUACAGCAAUCUUAACAUGACCAAGGUGGCGCCCAAUACACCGACGAUCUCUUCGAUUCCUCUACGCUUUCCCAUCUCCAUUGGUGAAUCGAUGUGCGAACAAGCGGCCCGACUCCUCUUCCUCAACGUCACUUGGGCACGGGACCUCAACGCCAAUUCGGGCCUCUGCAUGGAAGAUCAGCUAACCGUCCUCGAAUCCUCCUGGCGCGAGCUCUUCCUCCUCGCCGCAGCGCAGUGCGUCCCACACCUCGACCCGACGCCGCUGCUGCCCCCGGGUCCCCAGAGCCUUGGGCUGGCCCUCGAAGUCAGCCGCUUCCGCGAGACCCUCAUCGCCUUCAACGGGCUCAGUCUCGACCCCCACGAGUAUUCGUGCGUAAGGGCGGUCGUACUCUACAAGGCCGGCCUCGACUGCGAAUCCGUUCCCAGCAGUCGCAGCAGCAGUGGCUCCGUGUCACCCGGCACCGGCGGCAGCAGACUCAGGGACGCGGCCAGUGUCGUCAGGCUGAGGGACAGUGCCCAGACUGCCUUGGGUGCUAGAAUGGCCGCCACCAGCUCCUUCGGCGCCGUCAGAUUCAGCAAAUUGAUUCUGAUGCUACCGAUGCUGAGAACCGUCUCGGCCCACGCGAUCGAGGAGUUCUUCUUCAGAAAGACUAUCGGCGUCACGUCCAUUGAGAAGAUCAUCUGCGACGUUUAUGCCAAGUCAUGA